AUGGGAUGGGACCAAUCCUUCCCCAGUUACUUUAUCUCCUCCUCAUCCUCCGACUCCGCGUCGGCUCCGCACUCCGCUACAGAUGAUCCUUCUAAUCCCACAACUACAACUACUACUGCUGCUGUUAGUAUCCUUAGUAGCAGUAGUGGGAGCUCCGCACAGAGCUCUCUGAGGGCCCUCAACAAGUCCUCCUACAAGAUCUCCAAGCCCGUGUCCCGAAACCCUAGCCCUAGCCCCGUUCGCCCCCCUCCUCCGCCUCCGCCCCCGGCGGCGGCCGCCGUGAGCAGCGGCGUCGUUGGCGCUCCUCCGCCGCAGCAGCCGCAGCCCCCCGUGUACAACAUCGACAAGAGCGACUUCCGCGACGUCGUGCAGAAGCUCACCGGCUCGUCGGCGCAACCCCAGAUCCGCCCGGCGGCGCCUGCACCCGCGCCCGCGCCCGUGCCGACCUCGCGGCUCCACCGGAUCCGGCCGCCGCCGCUGGCGCACCUGGCGCCCCGCCCGGCGCCGCUCGCCCCCGCGCCGGCCCCCUCCGAUCCGUGGGCGUGGCGGCCCCUCUCGCCGCUCCCGCCCCUCCCCACCGUGAGCGCCGCGGCGGAGUCGCCGAUCUCGGCGUACAUGCGCCGCCUCCAUGGCGGCGCGCCACCGGCGGCGACGGUGCCGGCGAUCCCCCUUCCGACCUCGCCGUUGGGCUUCGGGUGCGUGCCGUCGCCGCGGACGGCGUACCAGAUGACGACGUCGACGGCGAUUCCGCUGCCGUCGUCGCCAGGGGUGCCGAGCCCGAGGUUGGGAGAGCCGUGACCCCGAGCUCCUCCAUUUCAAAGAGCUAACACCUUUCUUAGGAGGUCCAAUAGCUGCCCUCAUUGUUUUGAGUUCAUAGAAGAAACAAAAUUACGUUAAAGUGGGGUUACCUAGGCCUCUUACGAGCGACAUUACUUUGUUUCUUUUUGUUUUUUGUUUCUGUGUUGAUACUUGGGCUCUCGGCCCAACUAUCCUUUUAUUGGUUGGGCCUAUUGGGGGGGGGGGGUCUGGGUUUAUGGGCCUAAAUUUUGUUUCACGAUAUCCGUUGUCCCACACAACUUUCACGAGGAUGAGUGUGUCGCCCAAGGUUGAUUUUGAUUCGCCCCACUACGGCCUAAUUCAAAACAAUCCUAGUUAGUUGCUGCUACGUUAUAUAUAUUUCUCACAAGAUGUUAUUAAAAGCUUUUAGUGUAUCGACGCUCUCGAUAAUACCAUCACUCAUGUAAUAAUAUAUUAAUUAAUAAAGCUUCGAAAGGGGAGCUAGCGACACAUUUCUUUUCUCCUCAACCGGUUUUUUGGUGCUA